CGCCUUGGGACAGAGAUCAUUAUGUUAACUGCCUCCACAUCAGAAUUAAACAGCCCGGGGUCUCUACCUAACGAUGCCCAGGAGACCACUAUCCAGAACAAAACAGGAAGGAGGAGGAAGAGCAUGCUGAAACAAUCAUGGAUGGAGAUCACCGUAGCCUUCAUGAGGAGGACCAAGGUCCACGGGCUGAAGUUUGUAUUUUCCCCAGACAAGACCUUACCCCAGCGGCUCCUCUGGCUCCUGGCCUUCUUUGUGUGCAUGGGUCUCCUGUUCACCUGGUCCUGGAACCGCAUCUUCUACCUGAUGUCCUACCCGGCCGUCACCAAGAUCAAGAUGGUGUGGGCUCACAACAUGUCCUUCCCGGCUGUGACCUUCUGCAACCACAACCUGUUCCGGGUGUCCAGUCUGACCAAGGUUGACCUGUACCACAGCGGCUACUGGAUGGACCUGAUGCACCAGAACCACACGGUCAUGGAUAGGAGCCUGGCUCUUCUGAGGGACAAUCACAAGUACAGCCUCCUUAACCUUCUGAACUUCAAUGGCUACACCCCAUCUCCACAUUACCAUGUCAACACCACUGAGAUGAUUGGCAGGCUGGGCCACCAACUGGAGGACAUGUUGCUGGAAUGCAGGUUCCGGGGGGAGAACUGCACCCACCAGAACUUCACCACCGUAUGUAAAGUAAUGUAGCCUAGAGAUAUAGAGACCGAUGUUUGAGAGGUGUUGUUGAUGGCAUUUUCUGUACAAGGUAUUAAUAAUUAAUUAAAGGGUGUGUUUGAAUGAUAUUCAUUCUAGCAGGUACUCUCUAGGCAGGAGGAUUGAAGGUAUUGAAGUUUUAAGGCUAGCUGCUGGUAUCAUGUCAGAUGAUUUGUCUGGUCCUUGGUAAACAUGCCAUGUCUUUUCGGUAACACCAUUCCGUAAUAAACCAUUUAUAAGGCAUUUAUAAAGUGUGUUCACUAUUUAUUAAUCAUUACUCCAACAUUUAUAAACCAUUUACUAAUCAUUAGUAAAGUAUUUUUGCAGCCCCUGAUCGAAAGUGAGCGCUAUUUAUGCUUUAUAAAUACUUUAUACAUGUUUGGAGUGUCCAGUGUUAUUUCUCACAAAAAGAUUGUCAUGCCAUUGGUUUCCAGCAGUACCUGGUAAAAGAAUAAAACAGAGAUUUUCCAAAAAGAUUUGGUGCUUCAUUGGUGCUUCAUUGUGAGCUUCAUCCUAGGGAUUAUCUUAUAUUAAACCUGCACAUUUUCAAAGGUCAAACCUAAAAAAAAAAAUACAGCUGCCAUUUGGUUCUGGCAGGGGCCAUUUGCUCAAAGGGCCUCAUUAUGGACAGGAGGAGAGAGGAAACUGAAGCCCUGUCAUGUCCGUCUGAGCCAAUGUGGGUCUGUCUAAAACGGGACAUGGAAGGCUGACUCUGAUAUCUAGAGAGAGGCUUUGUUACGCUGUCAGAGUCAUCCCUCUCUCCUCCAUCAUCCCUCUCCCUAAAAUGUUCACCACAAUGGAUAUUAAAAGGGAAAUCUGUAUCCCACGGCAUAGGAUUUCUCCCUUUGGGCUACCUGUUUCUCUUCUAAUGUAUAGCUGUGGGACCAGAGUACUGAGCCAGGUGGUGAUUAAUCUAGCAACAGGGCUUGUCUUGACCAUGCUAGUGUCUGUUAGUGGCUAUUAAAUACUGGCAUAUUAUGCCCCAGCUCAAAUCAAAUGGUAGUUGGCAGUAUGAAAGGUGAGAUAGUGGUGACAUCCAUCAUAAGGCCUUAUUAGUUUGAUGAGACAAAAUGCUCCCAACAAACAGGUGUACCUUUUACAUGGUAGUUGAAAGAGCAGGCAGAGGCAAGCAGGUCUCGUCCCAUGAUCUUGGAUGUACAAUAUGCCAUUCAAUAUUGACAUUCCAGCAGUACCUGGUAAAAUAAUAGGCACACAACAGAGGAUCUUUAAGGAAAUAUAUAUAUGCAUUUGUGAAUAAUUAGCUUACCAAGAUUUUCGAAUGUGGGAGCAAUGAUUAAUAAAUGGUGAGCAUACUGUUUGUAAAUGCCUUAUAAAUGUUUUAUAAAUGCCUUAUAAAUGCCUUAUAAAUGGUUUAUAAAUGUUUUAUAAAUGUUUUAUAAAUGCCUUAUAAAUGUUUUAUUACGGACCCUUAAAAUAAAGUGUUACCGUCUUUUCUUUUGCUUAUAAAACAUAAUAGUUGUUCAGUGAAUUGUAAGAAUCCAAAUAAUCCAAAUACAGUUUAGAGAAGGUUAUUGAUCCGUUUCAUUACAUAUUGUUAACACGCUAGAUGAUUUUUGAGCCGCAGUGGUACAGUAUAACAAAGUCAAUCCUAUCACAUUCACAUUGCCUCAGUCUCAAAACAUAAUCAUUUUAGUAACUGCUAUUCAAACCACUCUCUUUCUCAUUGUGUUCCUCUCUCUUAGCAACAGUGGCAGCUUCAUGGAAGACUAAUGAAGGCAUCAAUAAUUCAACCAUUAUAAAUUAGUACAAAAUUAAAGUUUCAGCAGUUCAUAUUAAACAUCUGGAAGUUUUAUUGACUGUGUGCAUCCAUUUCAUGAGCUUAUUCCCCAGAUAGGUGGAUUGCUUUAGGCUUAUCAGUGAAAAUAAGCCCCUGAAUGCACUAGUCUAUAAUUAUAACAGUCAGCUGCUCUCAAUCAUUUCACCUCAAAGCUAUUAGCACUCUUCAAACAGAUUGCUGCUAAAUUUUACUUGACAAGAAAAUGGAUGUCAUUGUUAGUCACAUUCAAGUGCUUAGUAGACAUUACCAAUUUCUCAGCAGUACAGGUUUAGAAAAAAUAUGAAUAGACGAUUUGGGAUUUGCGUUUAGUAGCUGACAGAUCCAGAGAUUUUUAUCGUCUGUCAUUUCAGGUUUUAUCGGAUUAUAUGAGAUUCCAUCUAAAGGAGGACUUUUCUCUUUAGGUUCCGUCUUCUGACAGCUUUGACAAAGAGAUUUUCCACAAAGAUUUGGUACUUCAUUGUGAGGCAUUGUAAAGCUUCAUCCUAGGGAUUAUCUUAUAUUAAACCUGCACAAGGUCAAACCCCCCCCCAAAAAAGGAAUUCCAGCUGCCAUUUUGGUUCUGGCAGGGGCCAGUUGCUCAGAGGGCCUCAUUAUGGACAGGAGGAGAGAGGAAACUGAAGCCCUGUCAUGUCCGUCUGAGCCAAUGUGGGUCUGUCUAAAACGGGACAUGGAAGGCUGACUCUGAUAUCUAGAGAGAGGCUUUGUUACGCUGUCAGAGUCAUCCCUCUCUUCUCCAUCAUCCCUCUCCCUAAAACUUUCACCACAAUGGAUAUUAAAAGGGAAAUCUGUAUCCCACGGCAUAAGAUUCCUCCCUUUGGGCUACCUGUUUCUCUUCCAAUAUAUAGCUGUGGGACCAGAGAACUGAGCCAGGUGGUGAUUAAUCUAGCAACAGGUCUUGUCUUGACCAUGCUAAUGUCUGUUAGUGGCUAUUAAAUACUGGCAUAUUAUGCCCCAGCUCAAAUCAAAUGGUAGUUGGCAGUAUGAAAGGGUGAGAUAGUGGUGACAUCCAUCAUAAGGCCUUAUUAGUUUGAUGAGACAAAAUGCUCCCAACAAACAGGUGUACCUUUUACAUGGUAGUUGAAAGAGCAGGCAGAGGCAAGCAGAUCUCUUCCCAUGAUCUUGGAUGUACAAUAUGCCCAUGUGUAUGAACACUAAUGGAUAACUGUGCCUAUACCUUAGUGAUGUAUCACCUGUCCUGUGGUUAUGAAUAUACAUGUGAGUGAUUACUGUAGGACAGUAUAGAUAAAACCCUUAGAGCACUGAAUGACCAAUCAAUUCCACCUCUGUGAAAUUAAAUCACUUACGCAACAAAAUGCAUAGAGAAUUUAAAUCCAUUAUCACCUAUUUUAACUUUUAGUUUUAAGUUAUAGCUCACCAGCCAUGAGUGUCAGUUAUGUAAAACCAGAUGCAGCAUUCUAAGAGGCUCCUAAUUAUUAUUUUUGCUUUGUUGGCAGACAUGAAAGCAAAGUCGCCCAUCUUAGAGAGAAUUUGUAAAAUAAAAAAAUGCAUGAAACGUCAAUAUGUAAUUUGUGAGAGAUGGUGCUAAAAGAACAUGGUGGUGCUAUACUGGAAAAUCAGGGUAUUUGCUGCAGGCAAAAUCUAGUGUGCAUCAAUACUGAAUUCUUUGCUACUCUUGGGAGCCAAUUCUGACUACACCUCAAUCACAGCCGGUAAUUCACAAAGCUUAAUCAUUUUUUUUGUUCUCUCCUACUCAGAUUGUGCUACCAUUGCCUUUCUGUUACACCACAAAAUGUUACAUUCACACUCUAAGAAAUUGAUUUACUUUUAUACAAAAGGAAGUUGACAACUGCUUGCUAUGGUUCUGUGUAUUUUAUGAAAAGCAAACCAGUCAAUGUUAUUUUUACAUUUUAGUAGACGCUCUUAUCUAGAGCGACUUACAGUUAGUGAAUGCAUACAGUUUUCAUACUGGCCCCCUGUGGGAAUCGAACCCACAACCCUGGCAUUGCAAGCGCCAUGCUCUACCCACUGAGCUACAGGAGGGUCUCUCUACAUAGUGUUAUUAUGCAUUACUGAAUCCAAUUUAUAUACAGAUGUAGGAUCUUUAUUUGAGCCAGUUUGCUACAGCAGGAAAAUAAUCCUGCAGCAACAGGAAAUGCGAAUUAUUAUGUGGAUUAUAAUUAAUUUACAUUUUUGUAGGGGUUGAUACAUUUUCUUAAGGGAAAAUCAAGUCUGAAAUUUCAAAGUGGAAAUUAUAUACUUCAGAAGCCUUUUUAAACCUCAACUAUACUGCAAGUUUUAAAUUUCCUGCAUUGCAGGAAAGUUCUCCUGCAAUAGGGUGAUCCAAUUAAGAUUCUACAUCUGUAGAUUACCUUUGAGCUGUAUUGGCACAAGUUAAUGCUUUCCAAGGGGACUAUAAGACACUUCCUAAUAUAAAUUGUAUUUGAACAACCUAAUUUAGUGUUUGGUGGGAUGGUAGAGCUUGGGGUUCGGCUAUAUUGCUUUGGAUUAACUAGAACUUUCCAUUUUAAUGGAAAAUACAUCCUAAAGAAAUAUCUAAAUUACUCAGGGGAAUAAAAAAAAUGGGGCUGGGUAAAGAUUGCCAGUUGCCACGGCAGAAGUGUUAAUUUAUUUAUUCAUUCAUCAAUCUAGUAUCUUGUUUGGUUCAGUGUUUUCUCAGAUAAUUACCUGCAAAGCUUACCUGCCCAGCAACCCUAUCCCCAACCGCAGUUUAAAUUGAUCUACACAGAGAGCAACCUUUACUCAAAGUGACUGUGCUGUCUACUGUCUGUGAUGUCGCUAUGUCAAAACAUUGUUGUUUCAUUGAGUUAAUGUCAUGUACCUUCUUCUUCUUCCUGCAGAUUUACACGCGUUACGGAAAAUGCUAUACAUUCAACUCUGGUUUGGAUGGCAACCCAAUGUUGACAACGUUAAAAGGCGGGACAGGAAAUGGGCUGGAGAUCAUGUUAGAUAUCCAACAGGACGAAUACUUACCUGUUUGGGGAGAGACAGGUGAGUACCCAGAGUACCACAAUAACUGAUCUGUCCAUACAUUUUGGGCAAUGGUAGAAUGAACUUUACACAACAACCAGCCAACUGACAUGCAUUUAUUCAAGAUUCCUUUCUAGCGCUGAAUUUUACCUGUGCAGUAUUACAACAACAUAAAGUUAAAAAACGUGUCCAACACAACAUUUAUUGUCUCCAUCCUGGGAAAAAUAGUUAAUUCUUAGCACUGCAUUUUCAACAUGUGGCUUUAUCACAACAACAAAUGUCCCAUAUCCAGUAAAAAUACAUAUCUCAUUCCCAACACAACAAGCAAUGUCUCCGACCAGGGAACACAGACGAGCAGAGGUUUCUGUUGUUACAUUCACUGGCCUGCUGUUGUAUGUAUCCACAGACGAGACCUCGUACGAAGCAGGCAUCAAGGUUCAGAUUCACAGCCAGGACGAGCCUCCCUUCAUUGACCAGCUGGGAUUUGGUGUGGCCCCUGGUUUUCAAACUUUUGUGUCAUGUCAGCAGCAACUGGUACCUACUGCUUAG